UUCAAUUGUCGGAGCCUCGCGUCAUGGAAAGAGUUACUUUGUUGCAGCGCGCACAGGAAUAAACCCGGAGCAGCGGCGGCUGUGCGUGAUGCGCGCUGACGCUGCGUGGAUGCGCAUUGUUUUGGUCGCGGAUUGCGCUUUUUUUUUUUUUUUUUGACUUGUUCAAUCCGUGGGAUCGAGUGAAGAUGCGCAGGGACCUGUUUACAAGGAAAACGCAGCAAGUUAGACUCUGAGGGAAUACCAUCACUCAUCCCGGUGCUCGCUCUUCACGCGACGCUGCUUUGUCUCGGAAACACUUCCUCAGAGGAUCUUAAAGCGCACGGAUCGAUGUGCGGGAGAAACAAGUGUCCGAUGGGAGGACGACCAGACGGCUGCACACCGCUUUCAGAGGAUUAAAUCGACCAUCGGAGCAUUUUAGACCGUUUUUUUCUCCCUCUUUCUGUUUGGACGAGGUCUGUGGUAAACACAGUCUGGGUUUGAACCAGUUGUGUUUGUGACUUGAGAAUAAGCAGAGUCCUCCUCUGAUCAGUUGUAGUCUGAAGUUAUUGUUCUACUUUGAGUAGAACUCAGUAACAAAGCAGCAGCCUCGAUGGGCUGAGGAUGCAAUAGUCUGUCUUCUUUUGUGCAUACAAGUAAUAGUUUAAUGUUGAUUUGAAGCGUCUCAUCAUUAAAGUUACAUGGAUCAUCUUGUGCUGCUGCACACCUGAUCCAACAGCUGCCAUGUAAUUUGAGAUGUUCUUAAAUAUUACAGUGAGCCAGUGUCAGAAGUUUCCAAUGCAGCAUGCACCUGGGCAGCAGCGUGUUUGUGGUCUAGGCACUAUGUGCAUGUAGAGUUUUCUGCUUUUGGAUCCACUGGAGUCUCACAAUGUCAGUGAAAGCCAAGGCCAUCUACACUUUUCUAAGUGAAAACCAGGAGGAGAUCAGCAUCCAGGAGAACGAGGAACUUGUGAUCUUCGACGAGAACUCAGUGGAUGGUUGGUUUCAGGGGGAGAACAGCCGAGGGGAGAGGGGUCUGUUCCCUGCCUCUUAUGUGGAAAUUAUUCGCACGCGCUCCAACUCCAACGUGACCGACUGCUCCAUCAGCCCGGCGGGCUCUCUAGGAAACGACUCCUCCUAUUUCCCAUCCACCCCAAACACCCCGCUUCACCUACAGCCCAGUUUCUAUGUUGACGACGACGAUGACGACUGGGAUGACUGGGACGACAGGUCCACAGUGGUGGAGGACACGGACCACACCAGGAGCCCCGGAGCCAACGGACAUGCCCACCAGAGCCCGCUGUCCAACAACCCCAACGUGCACUACCGGGCCAAGUCGGUGUCCGGACAGGACAGCAUCUCCAGCUCCAGGAAGGGCAGCAUGGUGGGCAGAAACUUGAACAGGUUUUCCAGCUUUGUCCGCUCGGGGGUAGAGGCGUUCGUGCUCGGCGACGUCCCCAUGAUGGCAAAGAUUGCUGAGUCAUACACUAUAGAGAUGGGGGCCCUGGGGCCCCGGUGGAAGGACAACCCACAGCCCUUCACCUGCUCCAUCGAAGACCCCACCAAGCAGACCAAGUUUAAAGGCAUCAAAACCUACAUUUCCUACCGGGUCACCCCGAGCCACACGGCGCACCCCGUCUACAGACGCUACAAACACUUCGACUGGCUGUACAACCGCCUGCUGCACAAGUUCACUGUGAUCUCUGUGCCCCACCUGCCCGAGAAGCAGGCCACGGGUCGGUUCGAGGAGGACUUCAUCGAGAAGCGCAAGAGGCGGCUGAUCUUGUGGAUGAACCACAUGACCAGCCACCCGGUCCUGUCGCAGUACGAGGGCUUCGAGCACUUCCUCAUGUGCGCCGACGACAAACAGUGGAAGCUGGGCAAGAGGCGGGCGGAGAAGGACGAGAUGGUGGGCGCCCACUUCAUGCUGACCCUCCAGAUCCCCAACGAGCACCAGGACCUCCAAGACGUGGAGGAGCGGGUCGACAACUUCAAGGCCUUCGCUAAGAAAAUGGACGACAGCGUGCUGCAGCUCACUCACGUUGCCUCGGAGUUGGUGCGCAAGCAUUUGGGUGGAUUCAGGAAAGAGUUUCAGCGGCUGGGUAAUGCUUUCCAGUCCAUCAGCCAGGCCUUCAUGCUGGACCCUCCCCAUAGGUCAGACACCCUCAACAACGCCAUCUCCCACACGGGCCGCACCUACGAGAAUAUUGGAGAGCUGUUUGCAGAGCAACCUAAGUAUGACCUCUUCCAUAUGCUGGAUAAGCUGUCGCUGUAUCAAGGCCUGCUCGCCAACUUCCCCGACAUUAUUCAUCUACAGAAAGGCGCCUUCGCCAAGGUGAAAGAGAGCCAGCGGAUGAGCGACGAGGGGAAGAUGGACCAGGACGAGGCGGACGGCAUACGGAAACGCUGCCGGACUGUGGGCUUCGCCCUCCAGGCCGAAAUGAGCCACUUCCACCAGCGGCGGGAAGUGGACUUCAAGGACAUGAUGCAGGCCUACCUCAGGGAGCAGAUCGCUUUCUACCAGCGGGUCGUCCAGCAACUGGAGCGCACCCUGCGCAUGUACGACUGCCUGUAGACGCACAGGGAGGCUUUCUGGGUCCAGAUGCCAAAAAAAAAAACAAAAAACACAAACAGAAAAAACCAGCAGAGAGGAAGAAGAGGGAGAUUAAAGUCUUUAAUCUUUUACUAGCAUGAGGUGACAGGUGAGUGGAGGAGAUACUGGAAGAAAAAACCAUGCACAGCCAGCCUGUCUUUCACUUUGAUGGAUUCAAAGUUUGUUUUUUUUUAAAGAUCUACUGUAUCUUUUCUUUCUGAAAUACACGUCACACAGGCAGAGUCAUAGUGUAUCGCCUGUUUUUACCUAACUUAAGGUGUUUUUAAAUAAGAGUAUAGGUUUCUAAUUCAUAGCAGAUCAUUAGUGUUGGAAGCCACGAAACGGGUUCUGAUUUUAAAGAUUGUCCCCUCCCCUCUCUACAUACCUGCACUUUGGCUUCUCUCACACGAUAUCCCGGUUUAUUUAUCGGCAUCUUAUCCGAAUCACUCGUCAUGUCAAAACAAUCAGGCCUCAGAAGUUUCGCCAUCGUCUGGCCGAGUGCUCGUUCCCGCUCAGGUUCAGUCUGUUAACUUUAUUCUCGGCUAUCAUCGGUCCCCGACGCCUGUCUUAACUUUGCACCGGCUUACCCAAAACGUGUACUCAAAGCUUAGUGGGUUAUUCUUCGUCUUGCAUCGCGUGCCUUCCAGGACCUGAUGCAAUGUUUAUGUAUCGCCUGCAGCAUUCAGCCUGUUUCUGAAGGUGAAAUGUUGGGAAUGAAAAGUGUUUUGAGACAAGUUUGCACACAUUUUUUUUUUUUUAAAGAUACUAUUUGGUUGUAGUUGUAGUUAGUGGGUGUGUUUAUUGUGUAGAUGAUCAAGUGGAAUGUGAUCCUAAACUCGUUUUUUCCAACAAAGGCGUCCCUAUAUGUAGCAGAAGGUUAAGUUUCUGAUUAUUUUACUACAGUUCUGUCUUACAUGUGUCCAGUGUGCAUCUGAUUUGUGUUGAUCCAGCACAAAAACCCACGAGAGUUGUAAAUCACAGUGAAAUGCAGCUUUUUCCUUUUUUGGUAUGGGUUCAUUGAACGUGAUAAGAACACUCAUGUCUGCGUCUUUAGCUUCACUAAACAGGGUCCAGCCUGGCGCCGCGUCCUGCUGCUAGCCUGGGUUCACACGUCAUAUUCAGGCCUUGUUUGCAUGGCCAUGAUUUUCAGUGGAAAUGCUAAACUUUCGUUCCAGUAUGGGGAUCAUGACAACGGUGCUCCGUCUCUGUGGAAAUGAGCGAAAAUGCAGCUUUUUGAAAAAAAAACAAAAGAAAAAAAAAGUGUGUGGUUUCAUUACAAAAACAAAAAAAAAACAGCGACCACUAGUGGCCCAGUAUGACGGCAACAUCAUUUUCAGUGUUUCUGUGUAAAUGGACAUAGUUUUGAGAACGUUGUUUGAGCAUGAAACUUUUCUGACUAAAACCCCAGAACGUUUUGUUUUCACUGGAAACAUUGGUGGGACUUUUAAUCCACUUACAAACCAAUGAAAAUCUCAGUUUUCGCUCUUAAAUAUUGCUUUUGAAUUGAUUAAACCAAAAUGUUAUAGCAGUCAUUCUCAACUGGUGGCCCACGGCCCUAAAGCGGGACACUGGCACAAUUUCACGGGGUCGCCGAUCUUUGGCGCUGAAGCCUCGUAGUGUGAACUGACCACCAUCAAUACACACCAUAAGAGAAGAAGAACAGUCUGAUUAAUACGCUAAUAGAUAGAUAGAAUAUUAGACCUGAAUUUAGAUUGGACAAAGAUAAAAAUUAAAACAACAAUUUGAACUACUUUCAGAAAAAGAUUGAUUUUUUUUUUUUUUUUUUUUUUUUUUUUUUUACAUAUUUCUGUAAGGAAACACUUGAAGUUACUAAACUGAAGUGCUUUCCCUCUCAGCUUCCUCAUUUUCUGGUUAUUCGCCAUUGAUCUGUCAUGGCCCAUUCAUGCAUCUCAGAUUCACAGUCAAAUAAUUUUUUAGAUUUGACUAUCAGAUUGUCAUGGAGGAGGUGCCGGUGGGUUCUAAUACCAGGCCGGUUGAGAACCGCUGCUGUACAGAACCAAAAUCAAUCAGUUUAUGUCUUUAAGGUGCUUUGGUAACACUGAUCCUCUGAUUUGAGGAUCCUCCCUGUGUCGCUGACAGCUCCUCCAUUAACUGUUUUACUGAGACGGAUGGAGAAAUAUACAAGGUUUCUUACUACAGAUGGAUAAAGCAACUUCACCAGCAACCUGAUCAACCUGAUUUAAAUAAAAAACUGUAAUUAUUUAUAAAUCUAUACAAAGUGAGGCUACCAAUGCUCAGUGAAAGUUAACAAAACUAUCUAAACUGACAGUUCCUCGUGUUGAGCCGCCAUUUUUCACUAAAUGCUGGACUUUCUCUUGAUUUGCUUUACUAUGAAGCCCUGCUACUGUUGGAUCAGUCACACUGCUUUAGUACUAGAGCUGAUUUUAAUAUUUUACUUAGUCACAUCUUCAGUUCUGGAAUAUAUCUUUUAAUAAAUGAAAUACAAUUUUGAAACUUAAUUCUUUUCAUAUCAGGAUUUUAAAAAAAUGUAGAACAGGGUCAUGCUGGGAAAAAUCCAUCAUCUUUCUACCCUUCUGUUUUCUCAUGAAUUGCACUCUGCCUCCGAAUGAAAAAAGAUCCAUUGUUUCAGAUAAUAAAAGAUAUUUUCUUUAGGUUUACAGACAGGUUCUGUCAGGUUCAAACAAACUAGACUUGCCGGGUUUAGCCGUUAACUUCUUUCCUCAUCAGCAUUAAGAUUAAUCUCAUCCAACAAUCUCUCAAAGUCUGUCUUUUGAAAUGUAGUCUGGUGGCUGGAAGGAUUAGAGAGAGAGGAAACCAUUGGAGCAGCGCUGCUCAUCCGGUUUAACGAUGAGUAGCGCUCAUUUCACGGAAACCGGUGCUUCAGACGAGGCUAUCUUUAGAGGUUUAUGGAGAGUCUGCGCUACGUAUUGCGAAGAGAAGAACUAUUCAGCAAGUCUUUACUUAUUGGCCCCGUUUACACAGCAAUGAUUUCCAGUGAAAAUGGAAAACUUUUGUAGCGUUUUGGGGUCCGCUGACGUGACAGCGGUGCUUGGAGCCUCCGAAAAUGCAACUUUUUGAAAACGGUCUGACACCGUCUCCAUGGAAACGGAAAAAUACUCAACUCUUUGAAAACAUUCCGACUCCGUCUUCUUGGAAACGGGCCAAAAACGUCAUUUUUCUGAAACGCUGCUGCUGCGCUUGUGCACCACAGCCGUAGUCAAUAGUUUGUCUGCACAUGGCGAGUAACAACUACAGAGUGUUCUCCUGGGACUUUGUAGUUUUAUAGUUGAGAGUUACCUGGAACAUGAAUCUGAAUGCGUCGUCUGUCCAUAAGAACGUCCGUGUACUCGUCAUUUUUAAUGUUCAUAGCGUAUUGUUCUCUGUGCACAGACGUUUCAGCACUAAAACAAACAACAAUUCCAACUCCUGGCCCAACAGCAGCUUUCUGGCAUUUCUGUGUAAAUGGACAUCGUUUUCAAAACGUUACCAUGUAAACUCAAAACCUUUCAGAAACAAAAACGCAAAAAUGAUCCUUUUUCUUUUGAAAGUGUUCCACAGUCUGUCACUACUGUACUUAUGGCGUAAUUUUAAUGUGUUUCUAUCCCGGCUACAACAGAUGCCAUAAUAAAAACGGAUACUAAAUGACGCUCAUAGUUUUAUCCUCCAAAUAUUUGUUCUUGACAAACAGGAUGUCUUCCCAGAGAUCAAUUAGAAGACAUCCUGCUGGUGAACGGCGUUCCCCCGACCCACACGCUCCGAGAACCUUUAAACCGUCCUUCAGGUGAUUUCUUCCACAGGACGGGUUGGAUCUGUCGGUUAGCUCAGUUUCAGUCAGACUGUUAAAAACGCUGACUCAAACGGCCGUGCGUGACUCACUGGUACUAUUCACUCCACAUCUGCAGCCUUGAACUCUGUUUUCGUCUUUUUUAUCUUUGCUUUUUCAAACUUUUUGGUUUAUUUUUCUUUUUUUUUUUUUUGCUGUAGCCGUCAGAAAGUGAACUCAUUGUUUUGUUUUUUUCUCCGUAAGACCAAAGAAAGUCUCAGAUUUUGUCUGCUCAGUUUGGUUGUGAAAUUAAACUUGCUCUCUGGUUUUGUAAUCGAAUCUUUUUUUUCUGCUCUGAGGAAAAUGUGAAGAGAGCAUUUGGAAAGACUCAAAAGAAAGAAAAACAUUCCACACAGAAACUAUCACAUUCACCAAAGGCAAAGACAGGUUUUCUUUGUGGGCAUGUGAAAGGUGCAAAGGAAAGAGUGAGAAUGGGUUUGAACGGGUUUGGUUUGGUUCCUCUCGUGAUGAGUUGCAUGCCGGGCAUUUCGCACAGGUGACGGCUUCUUAACGUGGAUGUGUGAACUGGAGAGCCGCGCUUCAGCUUCUGCCUCUGAAAUGAUCCUCAGCAAGUCAUGUGUCACUUGAUUUUAAGGGAAGGGGACGAAGAAAUCUCAAUAAAAGAUGAUGAUGAUGGUGA